AUUUAUUUGACAUUAUGCGGUUGUCGGACUGAAAAGUGACAUUUCCCAUAAGAAAAUCGAAUUGGUUAAAAAGUAUUUUUUAUUUGUAGAAAUUCGGCCGAAAUACUCUUUAAAGGAUGUCUCUUGGGCCAGGUUUUCGUUCUCCCUUUACUGAUUUAACUGGUUGUCUGAUCAAUCAUCAGCACUAUGAUAAAUGUGGUGAAUUAGAAAUGAACAUGAUGGAUUGCUUAGAAGCCUACGGCAUGGACAAAGGUGUUAGAGUGUGCUCGGACUUGAUUGGCGACUUUCAAGAGUGCGUUGGCAUGAACAAACAAUUGCUCCGAUUCCAUGCUAUGAGAACUGAACGCUGGAAGCAAUACCUCCGAGGUGAACGUACAAAAGAGGAAUUGUAUGCCAAAGGUCCAAGAGUUGAUGCGUAUUAGAAUUUAAAUAACUUUUAUGAAUAACAUUUCUUAAAAAUUGUGGAAUAAAUGAAGUUAAAUAGAAAUUA